AUGUCAAGCAAUAAUAGUACUAGGAGGGUGAGUAGGGGUCGCCAAAGAAUUCCCCUACAGAGGAUAGAAAAUGAUGUUCAACGUAAUGUGUCAUUCUCAAAGCGUCGCUUUGGCUUGUUCAAGAAGGCCAGCGAGAUUUCAACACUUUGUGGCGUGGAGAUCUUGGUAGUAGUUUUUCCACUCAAUCAGGCAAAAGUUUAUACAUUCGGCAGUCUCAGUGUGCCUUCUGUCCUAAGAAAAUACAUUGCUGAAAGUGAAAACCGUACAAUAGAAGCCAACGACGCCGAAGAGCUUCUCCGUUCUCAGGAGGAGGCAAACAUUAGAAAUAUGAAUCAUCAAAUUAAUGUGCUUGAAGCACAGAUCCAACAUGAAAUGAAUGUAAAUAAAGCUUUAACUGAAGCUGCAAAAGGUAUGCCUUCUAUUUCUAAUCUCCCGUUGGCAGAGCUACUUCCCAUGAAACAGAAAAUGGAAAUACUUCGGUCUAAAGUGCUUCAAAUGCUAAACCAACCUAUAAUGCCGAUCCAGACACAAGCCAUGCCAACCAUGACUACUACUCAAUCUGAUAAUGAUGUUCAUCCAAGUGGUGCAACUCCAUUUUAA